AAUUGGCAUUUCAUCUGUCCAUCUGUUUUAUUUUCUUCUACAUCAUAUAUAGUUAUUUACUUUUCUAUACCAGUUGGAUAAUUUGAAGAUAACUUGACUGUAGUUAUAAUCGAAACUUCUAUAGAGCUGUGCCGUUUAAUGUUUUUAGUAACAUAAUGGUGUGAAUCUUCGUCUACAAGUGAACAAACAAUAUAACAUAGAUAUGGAUAAAAUAAUGGAUUCGCCCGUGGAUGGAAGUCCACUGUCAGAGGCAGAGGGCUUUGCAGAGAGCGAAACUGACUACUCAAGCAUUAGGGGAAAGAUGAUACUGGUAAGUCCAACAGCUGAUGAAUAUGACCUGCUAAGGAAGCAACUCCUAGAAAGGAUGGAAGCUGGAAAUGGAGAAAUCAUAUAUGAUAUUGGACAGGGCGAAGAUGGCAAAGGUUUGUCGGAGGAUGAAUACAGUGCGUCUGUUGCAACGCUACAGUCUCUGGUAAGCGGUGAGCGCAUCUCCUGCGUGGAACUGCGCCGUUGGGAUUGUGGCACCGGCCUCGUAGGACAGUACCUGCUAAGGACUGAGCUGGAUCAUACCGACUUUAUGGAGAUACGGGUAGCGGUUGUGGGUAACGUAGACGCGGGCAAGUCAACACUGCUGGGUGUCCUGACGCACGGCGAGCUGGACAAUGGGCGAGGACACGCGCGUCAGCGACUCUUCCGGCACAAGCACGAACUGGAGAGCGGGAGGACCAGCUCCGUCGGAAAUGACAUCCUCGGCUUCGACAGCAUGGGUAACGUGGUGAACAAGCCAGACCACGGUACCCUGGACUGGGUGAAGAUCUGUGAGAAGUCCUCCAAGGUGAUAACGUUCAUCGACUUGGCGGGACACGAGCGAUACCUCAAGACAACCGUCUUCGGCAUGACCGGACACGCGCCGGAUUUCGGCAUGCUUAUGAUUGGAGCUAACGCGGGUAUAGUUGGCAUGACGAAGGAGCACCUCGGACUGGCGCUGGCGCUGUCCGUGCCCGUGUUCGUCGUCGUCACCAAGAUAGACAUGUGCCCGCCCAAUGUGCUGCAGGAUAACUUGAAGAUGCUGAUCAGGAUUCUAAAGUCAUCUGGAUGCAGGAAGGUGCCCGUCAUGGUGAAGACGAAGGAUGACGUCAUCGUUAGCGCCACCAACUUUGUAUCGCAGAGGUUAUGUCCAAUAUUCCAAGUGUCGAACGUGACAGGCGAGAACCUGCAGCUGCUGACGAUGUUCCUCAACCUGCUGAAGACGCGCAUGCCGGCGCACGACGACAAGCCCGCAGAGUUCCAGAUUGACGACACCUACUCCGUCCCUGGUGUGGGCACGGUGGUGUCGGGCACGACGCUGGCGGGCACUAUCCGGCUGAACGACACGCUGCUGCUGGGUCCGGACGCGCUGGGCCGCUUCGCGCCGGUCGCGGUGCGCGGCAUACACCGCAAGCGCAUGCCCGUCCCGGAGGUGCGCGGCGGACAGACCGCCAGCUUCGCACUCAAGAAGAUAAAGCGGUCUCAGAUCCGCAAGGGCAUGGUGAUGGUGUCUCCGGCGCUGAACCCUCAGGCGUGCUGGCAGUUCGAGGGCGAGAUCCUCGUGCUGCAUCACCCCACCACCAUCUCCUCCAGAUACCAGGCCAUGGUGCACUGCGGCAGCAUCCGUCAGACUGCAUCGAUCCUGUCAAUGUCGCGCGACUGUCUGCGCACUGGAGACAAGGCGCUUGUGCGCUUCCGCUUCAUCAAGCACCCAGAGUACCUCAAGCAUGGCCAGCGCAUGGUGUUCCGCGAGGGUCGCACGAAAGCUGUGGGCAACGUGCUGCGGCCGGAGCCGGUGUCUGCCAGCCGCGCGCCGCCCGCACGACACAAGCACGACAUACAUGCACACUCCGCGCAGCGCAGGCACAACGAUCACGACCAACAAGAUAAGGACACGGACGUGACAGCAGCGGACUCGCCGUUUGAGGUGCAGGCAGACAAGCGCGGGGCGGGCGCAGGUGGCGGCGGGCGGCGGCCACGCAAGCGACACGACAAGCCCGGCCAACCCUCGCACCCCGCCGUGCCCGCCAACUGAACUAUCCCCCUCCCCCCCCCACAUACCAUACCCCCGCCCUCCAUGCUAAUUAAGCAUCGUGAGCCAGACAUCGCUGACAACAUUCAAAAGUAUAACUAGAUAUGUCUUAACCUUUAAAAAUAUAUCUUUGUCAUAAAAUAUUUUUCUUCUAUUUAAAAAAAAAUAAUAAAAAAAGUAUUUCGAUCCGCCUGCAAAGUGAAAAAUAUGUAACAAUUUAUUUCCAAAUUUAAAAUACUUAAAGCAAAUCUCAGAGGAACAAAAAUCUUGAAAAUAUUUUGUGAUUUAAAAUUAUUUGUCCAUUUAACAAUGAAUUAAAGAGUAGAUAUUUUUAAUAAUAACUACUGUACCAUAGACAAAAUAAAUACUCGGAGGCUUGUAAUGAAUGCCAGCUGAAUGUCUGGCGAAGUUGUAAACAAAGUCUGUUGUAAGUACAAGGCCGUAGGUUGCUGUUUAGUUAGUAGGUGUGUGUGGUUGUUACAUAUUUUUUCGACUUCUAAUAAAUUAUACAUAUAGGGUAUGCACUCAUAUUUUUAUAGUCCAAAAUUUUUUCUUUUUUUUUCAAUCGGAUAGCACCAUAUUUUAUCUAAAAAUUAGUGUAAUAUUUUCUACUUAUUUUGUUGCCGUCGGUACAUUUUACAGUACGUCAUAUUUACAUACUUAAAUCGAUAGAAACUUGUCGCUAGUAAAUUUAGCUCAAACAUUUUAUCCGAUUUUUAUUAAGAGUAAGUCGAAAUUUUCAAGUAUUUUUGAAAUCUUAACAAUAAGUUUACAAUUUUUAUAUUUUCAAUAUAA